AUGGCAGAGGUCAUCAACGCCAAGACAUCGUAUAAGGUCAACGACACUCUACAGAUCCGCAUUACAGCAAGGGAUGUAAACAACGUCAUCAAGACUUGCGGAGGUGACUACUUCCGGGUCAAACUAUACACUGCAGAAACACAGUCAUCCUGGAGCAUUGACGUCACAAAUGACCUAGGAAAUGGUUCUUACAUUGCUGAUGUGACGUUACGAUGGCCUGGGAAGGUUGCAGUGAUUGUGACGUUGGUUCAUCCCAGCGAGGCUGUGAGGGUUCUGCGAAGGAUUCGAGACCUAGAGCCCGGUAGGAUGGUCUUCAAGGGGCGCUACCUGAAAACUCUUGACUCCGGGGUCGACAUCUCUGAAGAUGUUAUGUGCCUUCCAAAGGUCAUCCGUAAUCAAUCUCUUUGUAACUUCACGGAUGAAAGAUCAGGCUAUCCAUGGCUCUGUGUAGCGCCCUCUAAUAAGGCUUUAUCUUGUGAUGACUGGAAGCUGUACACGAUAGACCACAAUUUAUGCGAGAAGUACACGAUGAGGGCCGUCAGCAAGGAAGAGCUAACAAUAUUCCAGAUACAUAAGUUGCCUAUCAAACACCACCUUCCAACCAUCAACGUAGUUGGGGACUCUAACAACUGGAAGAAGAAGGUGUUUGCCUAUCAAGAUUCUCUACCUUCCUGCAGACCAGGACAACACUUACACAACCCUUCUCCUUCGGGCUUCUAUAGCAAGAACAUCUGGUUUUCAGAUCAAUGCAAACUCCGUCGAUUUACCAAAACAGAUGUCUUACAGUGCCUGCAGAACAGACCAGUCCAUAUUUUCGGCGACUCAACUUCUAGACAAUUCUACUUGGAAUUUGCCAACAAAUACAAACCUGAGAUAGUGGGGAAGAAUCCAAUAGAUGUUAGUGAGAGUACAAGAGGUCCAAUGUGCGCUAAGAGCGAUAAGUUCAACAUCUCUGUACAUUUCAAAUUUCAUGGUUUUCCCGCUCGUCCAGCGGCAUAUAUUCGCAAAGAGACGGUGACUUACAUUGUCAAUGAAUUAGACGACCUCAAGGUAGACUCAAGAUCAGUAAUCCUUAUUUGCGUUGGAACACACUACACGACAUAUCCUAUAGAGAUGUACGAACAGAGAAUGCGAGAUAUCAAGGCGGCUGUCCAGAGACUGCAUACAAGAAGUCCUCAAACACUGGUGGUCUUCAAAAGCGCCAACACCAGAAAUUACAAGAAGAUCCUCUAUCAGUUACAGAACAGCGAGUGGUAUGUUAGGACCUUGGACCUGGCGUUGAAGUCAAUCUUGAAGGAUUCUCCAGAACUGGCAUUCCUUGACGCGUGGGAUAUGACCAUAGCUCAGAAUUUUAAAGACAAGAUAGGGUCCACAUCAAUGGCAGGACAAGUUGUUCUUGCCUCGAAUCUACACCACUCCAUUGAGCGACCUCAAGGGCCACCUACACCUACUCAGCAAACGUCCUACGCUGAAGUUGUUGGAUCUUCAACGCAGGAUUUCGAGAUGAUUGCACUGAGAGGGAGGCUCAAAUCUGCACCUGCUCUUCCAAUGCUUCCACUGACAAAAGCUCAACAAGGAUGGCACGAGCAUCCAUAUCUCGUCAUGGCAACAUGCAGUUAA